ACUGAUAUUUAAAUAAUCAUAUUAGGUCGGGGACAUAUUUGUAGUCACCAGAGAACAACUCAUUUUAGGCUUAUGAGAUCCCCUGAUUCAUUCAGCUCAUCCCUGUCAUUCUGUUUCUUUUCUUUUUAGGUUUUCUACGGGGUGCGUAUCUGGUAAGUCUGUAAAAAGGAAAGAAAGAGAUGUCAAAGCUGUUGGCACGGAUUGCUGGGUACUUGAGCAACCGAACUUUGGUGGGUGUAGACAAAGUAGGUAACCGUUACUUCACCAGAACAGAAGAGAUCGAUGGUAUCAUGAAAGAGAAAAGAUGGGUAAUAUUCAAAGGGGAGGAGGAUCCAACCUCACUUCCAGUUGAAUGGAUAUGCUGGCUGAAUGGACAGCGUAAAAGGGCUCCAACUCCUGAGGAACUGAUUGAGAUGGAGGCUAGGCGUGAACUUGUGAAGCAGAAUGUGGCUCUUCUCAAGCAAGAAGAAGAGGAAAGGAGAGCCAGAGAAGGCAGUUCUCGUAAAUCCACAAGCGCUGGUAAAACUGGAGGUCCAGACUUGAAAAGUUUCGUUCGCCAAUUUCCUACUGCUUCUGAGGGUAACAAUCUUGAGGAAGAAUCAGAUGCAGUGGAUAGAGCAAGAGAGGGAGAAGCUGGGGGAGAGAAAGCAAAAGAACCUUUGUCAGAGCAUUCAGAACCAACUGGAUCUGGUUCAACCUUCAAGCCAGGGACAUGGCAACCACCGACAUGAGAUGGAUGACAUUGUAAUGGUAACCUGUUUUGGUAGUCGUUCUCUUCACUGUUAUGAUCCCUGAUCCCCCAUUGGUUUUUUAGUGAUUAGAAUCACAAAAUUCACUAAUGACAUUGUUGGACAGAAUACAUAUACUGCAAACUUCUUUUUUGGAAAGAUUGAGAUUUUGGGGAGGUGAGGAUAAAUCGGAUAGGUUUAGCUUCAUAAUUUGUAUCAGCCAAAACAAACCCGAACUCAGGUUCAUACCAUUAAGCAGCAACAUCAGCCAUUCAAGAAGAUUUGGAGGGAUUCUCUGUGAAAGGAGUUUUAACUUUUUGAAAGACCCUUGUACCUUUAUUGGACGAGAAUAUUGGCCUAAUAAACCUGUAGCUAAUAGCUCGUGCCAUCAUCAAGCUUCUCUCUGUUUUUCCACCCCUCAAUUGCAAUAGUUUCACACUAGUUAAUCAAUAAACAAAAUUCAUAUUCUUUUAAA